CCCGCAGACGUGUUGAGGAUGUUGGUGGAGAACUCCAACGGCGGAGGCGGGGAAAGCCGCUCCUCCACCGCCACCACCAACGGCACUAAGACCGCCACCCCCAAUGGCACGCGAGGCCCCCCCGCCACCACCAGAGGGCCCCCCAACACCAGCAGAGGCACCACCAACGGCACCCCCAAUGGCACCCCCAAUGGCACCAGCACCAGCACCAGCAGCAGCAGCAGGAACAACAACAACAGCGUGGUGAAGUCGACCGCCUCGACGCCGACGAAGCCCACGCCGACGAUCAGGACCACGAGCAUCUCCGGGCCCCCGAGGACCACCCUGGGCUCCCGGACGCACUCCACCCCGGGGCCCGCUCUCACCUCGAGGGCCGGCUCCCACGCCACGACCAUCGCCAAGGCCAGCAUCAGCAGCAGCAGCAGUAGCAGCAGCAGGAGCAUCAGCAGCAGCCCCGGCAGCAAGGGAGCCACGCCGAGCAAGAGUGCCUCCGGGGGCCUGGAGGCGCAGCUCACCUACACGCCGCCGCACGUGCUCAUCCGGUCCAUCUCGUCCCUGUCGCAGCACUCGCUCAGGCCGGCCACGCCCGAGCUGGACCAGGAGGAUGGCAUUGUGUCAGUACCAGCACUGCGCAAGGGCGUUUUGCUCCAGGCACGUGACAGGCUCUUCUCCAGGUGGAAAGAGCGUUACUUUGUGCUUACGAGGGACUACCUGGCGUGCUUCAGGAGAGGAUCGACCAAGUAUUCAGAAAUGGGAUCGUUCAUUUUCAAGGUCAACCUAGCCAGCGUAGAAUGCGUAGAGUGGCAGGAUCGGCGUGGUGGCCCUGCCCUGGCCCUGGCACUCCCAAGGGAAGGCCGUGUCCUCCUCAGGGCUAAGUCGGGGUUGGACCAGUGGUACAGGUUGCUUCUUGAGGCCACCAAUGCCUCCCGUCACCGUCGCAAUGUCUUGCGUCGUGGCACCUCCACCACACACUUGAACAACACCACAAACAACAACUUGGACUUGACACCACCUUCAAAGUCAAGUGGCAUUCAGUACAGCCUCAGUGGAUCGACACCCGAGAUCACCCGACUGUGUGAUUCAGUGUGUGACGAUUCCCCAGGUGGCACGAGCUCACGUCUCCUUACAAGGCACCAUAGAUUCUCUUUGCUGGCUGAUGCAGACCUGGGCUCCUGCGACACAGACAUUGCAACUCCACCGUCUUCAGUCACUUCCUCCAACAAGUUCAGCACCUCGACCUCUGCCUCCAACACUUCAGGAUCAGGAGGUUCCUCAUCCUUGGCCUCUUCCCCCUCCCUGCGCGGUUCAUGUGCUUGGCCUCGACCAUCAUCCCCCCUGAGGCCUGUGGUAGGUGAUGCUCCACGAUCAAGACUCUCCUUAUAUGAAGGAGCUCGGGAACUGCCCACCUCAGCCAAGAUGCGGCAUUCUGUUUGCCUCGAGCCCCGCGAUGCCCAGGACAUGGCAAGGAAGCAGAAGAACAGACACUCGAUCUGCGUAGAGCCAAGGGAUCUGGCCAGGACACGUGCCUCACUCUGCCUCGAGCCACGUAACCCCCUGCUGGACUUGAUGGAAAGCGUUGAAGCUAUUCCCACUCUCAUCUCGCAUGAGGACAGUCGGCUGCCAUCUUCUGCUAGAACUUCACCUUCGAAGAGUGAAGGAGACAGAAGAUCGACCACCGACGUCCCCCUCUUGGUCAGCGAAGUGGACACGAGUCCUUCCCCGAGCGGUGCCCCAGCCCGUCCACGUGCACACUCCACGUCACUGACCCCUGAGCGCACCCUAGGCCCCCGGUCGCGCUCCAAUCUAGGCUUCUUCCGACACUCAGGCCUCUUCAACCAUUAAUCUUUCUUUGGACUAGUGGUUUUGGUAUUUUGACUGCCGGUUUCCUUCCAUCCUUCUUACUGAUGCUGUUAGAAGGGGAUAUGUACAUUUUUAUAUGCAAAAAAAAAGAUUGUAAGAUGUGAAAAUAUAUAUAUAAUAAAGAGCAGAAUCUAGGCACCAGCAUACACUACCUCCCAACUGUGCUCAUGCAAUGUUGACCAUCCAUCUCUCCAUGUUGAUGAGAGAAACAUUUUGACAAAGAAUAUGUGAAUUAUGUAAGCAUAUAAAAGUGUUUUUCAUGCACACUAGAAGUUGCAGAGUCAGUGUGAUUUAAUCUUGUAUUCCAUUUUAGUGUUGAGAUUGAAGGUUAUAUUGCUGUUAUUUUACCCCAUUUCCCCCCUCCCCCAAUGUCAUUUGUGUUUUGUCUUUUGUUCACCGUCCUAGAUUUUCUAAAUAUUUGUAAAUAUUUCAUCCGAUAUCCCUCUGGUUCUUAUUAAUAAAACCGUUGAUAAUAAUGAUUAAAAUGAAAAGAGACAGGGCACUUUUUUCAAAUAAUAUGGUCUGUCACAUGACAAGAACAGUCUAUUAAACUGGAAGUCACAAGGCAAAGAUGGCGUCUUGAAGAAAUCUUGACACAAAGCACAACGUGAAGCUAAUAAUCUCCUUGGAUAGAGACUUGGCUUAAUCACAUCUGAAUUGUGCCAAAUUGAGAUGAAACAUCAACACAUCUCGACUCUCAGAAGUAGAGGGAAAUGUACAGUUGGAUGUGAAAACAGUUCGAUCUGGUAUUCCUAAAAGAAGAAGAAAAAAAGAACGGAACAACAUAGGUAUUUAUGUUAGAUAUUUGCUCAAUGCAGCAAGCAAUUGUUCGUUGAUUUUUCUCUUGCCUCUCUGCUUUUUUCCCCCCCAUCUUUUUUUCUUUUAUUUUCUUUUUUGGUGAUGUUCUUGAAUGGCCAGAUAAAUAUACCAUGUAUAAACAUUGUCCACUGUGGUUUGUCAUUGUUUGAUGACAGAUAGAUACAGUUCUUGUUUAUAUGAUGACUUUGUAUGGGUGAAUGUACAUUUUGUAAUUUUUAAUUGUGUAAGUUAAUAGUUAGUGGAUUCUGUACAGUACAUAUUUUUUAUUUCCAAAGUGAAUAUACCUUGACCAGUGAAAGUCUGUUGUAUAGAAUGUACAAGUAUUCCCUAUUGAAAAUAAACUAGUCAUUUUAGGGUUUGGAUACAGGAACAAAGAUUGAUACACAUAUAAACAGAAAAUGAAAGAAAACAAAAAGUUUUCCGUUAUUUAUAUUAAACACAUAUGUAAUUUUUUUCUUUUCAACCUGUUCCAGUAUUCAUGUUUUCUCACACACAUUUCUGUAUCAAGGUUUUUCUUCUAAUGAUUUUGAACUUUUUCUUUACUGUCAUUUCAUAAUUAUUUGUGCUAUUAACAUCAUCAUAAACAUCAGAGGCACUGUGCUAAUUAUGUUCCAUUGAUGUUAUUGUGAUGAUAUUAAUUUUUUAUAUUAUUAUUAUUUUUUUCAUCAUUAUUUUUUUGUUUUUAUCAGCAUUAUCAUUAUAAAUAUUAUUUUCCUAGUUAUUCGUCACACCCACAUUGAAAUCUGUGGCUUUGGUACAGAAUUUUGUGUAAGAUGGAGUAUGUACUUUGUGGAAAGAAACUCACACAUUUUUGGCCUUGGAUUCUGUCAGUCAGGGUCACAUUUUUUUCUGUUUAAUGUGCUAUACAUGUAUUGAUACCGGAACAGAAAGAGAUGAAUAUUAUGUUAUACAUAAUAUCAAUAGAUGUCCAGUUAUAGUAUGGAUUGUAGAAAGCUUCCUUUUUUCCCUUCCCAUGUACCCAUUAAAAGUAAGAAAUAAAAAAAGUAAAAGAAUGAGAGAGAAAAGACUCAUUAUGUCAUGAAUUUGCCAUGAAAAGCUGAUAGGUGGAAAAGCGAAAGAUGAAGUAGCACCGAGUCGCAUUCUGGCAAAAUACGCAGAAUGUUCAAGAAGAAACAAUUACCGUGUAAUUAUCAGGGAAAUGAAUGCAGGACUCUCAAUAAGGACCGAACACUCACAGCUGAAUACAAUCACUUUACACUGGGGUUCAACUUUUCUGCCGUUCAUAAAGUCCACUGUAAAACCAGCAGUUGAUGUCGACUGCUUAUGGCUGCGUAAGUGGUAAUAGCAUCUCCCGUAGGUACAGUAGGUUUGAAAGUUAUACAUGUUAGAUAGCUUAACAGGUCUUUUGUUUUGUUUUUUCUUAUGAAUGUCCGACUCUACAAUACUGCCAAUAAACUACAGCUCUGG